CCGAGCCUAAGGAUACGAGCUGAGCCACCCAAACUCUGCAGUAGCCACAGAAGGCAAAGACUGUGAGAAACAUCUUCACACAUCCAGAAACAAGUCCCACGUUCUCACAGUGGGACUUCACCAUGCAGACGUGUGGCUUUCAUGCGCUCAGGGGUUGAGAUUUGCAUUAAUGCCUUCACCUUGCUACAAAGGAGGCUGGACCCAGAUCCCACAGCUUUUACCUCCCAGAUCCUCCAGCUGCUGACUCCUUGUUUUGAACUCUUCUGUUUGCUGGGCUCCUCUUUGUCGCUGCCUGUCUGGGUGCGCUGAGCGAUGAAGAUCCCUCUGUGGUGCCUGGUGGUCCUGCUGGCAUGUCUCUUCACCCCUGGAUGCAGUGACUGUCAGGGGCAAUGUAUGGCCUGUGGACUGCUCCUGCAGCAACAGCAGCUGGAACAAACCUUCAACACCAUGGUGUGUUUGUUGGAAUGCGAGGGUCGCAUCUCCUCUUCGCUGACGUGGGACGUAUGCAAACGCGCUGUGAAGCUAUUGCUCCAUCCUACACUUUCUGAAGGAGGCGCUCUCUUCAAGAGAACGGGAGAGGAGCUGGAGCUGACCUCUCUCGACCUGAACUCUGACAGUGAACUGGUGCAGUCGACAGCUGCGGAGCGUUUCCAGGAGGGGGAUCGGGAUGAGACACCCUUCGAGCAGCGCAGCGUCCAGUAUGACUCAUCGCUGCUGGGAUCCUCUGAGGAGGGGGAGGGCCUGCAGAGUCUGGAUCUCAGUCUGACGGAUGAAGAGCAGAAGCCCAGAGAGGAGAGGAACGUGGAAAGCGAUGGCCAGCUAGAGGCCGGUGAAGGUGAGAGUUCAGAGGGCAUCGCCUUAUCCAAACGCUUUGGCGGCUUUCAGAGGGGGCGCCACGCAUACAGGAAGCUGCUAGGCUCAUCGAUGAGGCCGCUACAGAAGCGCUACGGCGGGUUCAUAGGCGUCCGGAAAUCUGCCCGCAAAUGGAACAGUCAGAAACGGGUCAACCAGCUGCUGAGGCAGUACCUGGGCAUGAGGAGCAACCGCAGCGGCAGAUUCAACCCCAUCCCCAUGAGCCGCCUGUGGCGGCAACACAAACUGUAACGCUUCCGGGGCGCCGCCUCUGCUUACCUCAACCUGUCAACCAUUUUUUUCCCACAGCAGCUCACUCCAGUUUGAACUGUGACGUCAUCAGAAGAACAGACUCCGCCAUCUUGCCCCGCCUCACUUUGUGUCUCCAAGUAACAAAGAAUGUUUUGACCGUGAUGUCCUUCCUAUUAACCACAUUUACAUGCCAUUCUGUGAAAUAAAAGAAUUCGAGAAGUGCAAUUGAAUAUAUUUUUGUGUGUCGGUAUAAUAAAAAGUGGCCA